CAGAUAUGUAACUAAUUACUGUUUUACAAUCACCACGAUUUCCAAAAAUUUAUUGCACAACAUUAUUUUUUUCAUUAUUGGCUAGGGCCGCCAUGUGAAGGAAGUGUUUGUAUUAACUUGUGCAGUUUAUUAAUAUAACCUACAAUGGCGUCGAAAACCGAAUUCGUUCGAAGUAGAAUCGUCAAAACAUACGAUUUAGAUGAAAUUGAGAAGUUGAUCAAAGAUGCUAAGGUUGCUCAUAUUAUGCUUACGGACCCAACACCAGUUGUGGAUGAAGAGAGUGUGAUGACCCGUCUGAGCGCCCUCACUCUACGUAGCUCGGACGGCAUGAGUUGUUCUUGCUGUGGUGUGGGACCGUUCACUAACAGAGCUCAGCAAACUGCCCACUACAAGCAUCACUGGCAUACACACAAUCUCAAACGUAAAUUGUUUGGAAGGAAACCAAUCUCACUCGGAGAAUAUAAUUACCGUCAAGAUGAAAGUUCCAACGUGUCAGCGAGUGACUCUGAAGGCGAAGACAAUCCCAACACAACAGCCACAGAGCUGUUUGCAGCCGCCACUCGACACUGCAAAGCCUUCUACUCUAAUCCUAAAGGGCAAGUGUUCUGUAUCUACCGCUGCUUGCUACAUCACCGGAAGGAAGAGAUGUCACUUGACGGCGAAGGGCAUGUUUGGUCUCGCCGAGUCAAAGAACUCCUAAGCCCUGGCUUUGGCCGCUGGGCUGUCCUCAUGGUUUCAGGCGGUCAUUUCGCCGGCUGCAUCUUCACUGGAGGCAGUGAUGCCAUUCAUAAAACCCUUCACUCUUACACCACUCGGCGAGGUCAGGGAAUGGCACAAAGUACUAGAGACCAGACCGGCAAUGCUCCGAAGUCGGCCGGAGCUAGUUUGCGAAGAUAUAAUCAGGAGCAGUUCCUUGCGCAUGUCCAAAACAUCUUAGUGGGCUGGAAUGACGACCUUAAAGGUUGUUCGUUGGUCUUCUACCGAGCAGUUGGAGCAGUCAACCAGGCUGCUAUCUUCGGCAAACCUUCGCCUUUAAGAAAGGAGGAUCCCAGAGUUCGACAGUUACCAUUUCCUACCAGGAAACCUACAUUCAAGGAGGUCAAAAGGGUGUUUCAAACUCUGGCCAGUAUUGAAGUUUAUGAUUCGCUACAAGACUUCCAGAAGGCUUUGCUUUCAUUGUCGGGCGGCAAACUGCCAGUUAAGACAAAUUCUGACGUUAGUAUCGCAGAGCGCGCGAAAAAGGCGCAGAAACCUCCAGCCAAGGUGUUUGACAGAGCUAAAUCGAGAGAGCGUGCCCCCCGCGAGUUACCAACACAAGUGACCUCCAGCGAAGACGAGGGUCCCUGCUACAUCGACUCCGAGACCCCAGCCGACUGGAUCAAGACCUUAUCCGAACAGAGUACCAAUGGGGUCAUCACCAACUCAAGAAAAGACCUUCUAAACGACUGCGUAGUACCCAGUUGUGUGGAAUCUGACAGUGAGAGUGAAACCGUGGAGAAGAAAGAAAUGAAAAAGAAGAAGAAGUCGAAAAAAGUAGAAGAUAAGACUUCGGUUACAUCGAUUAAGAAGGGUCCACCUAAGAUCCCAGCUAAUCUGAGAAAGAUGUGGAGAACAAUCAUGGACAAAGAUUACACGACACUGGACACGAUUAUAGAAAGUUGGGAGGGGGACAUUCAAGCUGCUUGCAACAUUCAGGAUCCUAUUGAUGGCAACACUGCCUUGCAUAAAGCCGCGAUCGCCGCUAAGCCUGAGAUGGUCACUCAAAUCCUGUCAGCGGGCGGCGACCCGUGCAUCAAGAACCACGGUCUGCAGACGCCGUACGCCGCCACGCCGCACCAGGACACCAGGAUCGCCUUCCGUCUGUUCCAAGCGCAGCACCCUGAUAAAUAUAAUUAUUCUAAGUCCCAAAUCCCCGGGCCGGUUACAGCCGAGCAACUAGAACAGGAGAAAGAGAAGAAAGCUCAACAGAAGAAGGCAAAGAGACAGCGGGAGAAAGAGAGACAGAUCGAUAAGUUGAAGGCUGCCAAGUUCCUACAGCUCCCUGAUGAAAAGAAGAAAAAAGUGCCAGAAGAGGAACAACGUUGUUUCCUAUGCGGCAACCAGCUACCCAAAGUGCCCUUCGAGUACGACGACUGUAAAUUCUGCCAAGUGCCUUGUCUGCACAGCCAUCGGAAGAUCAGGCCGCUAAACAUGAGCGUUUAACUAAAUGGCGGCCAGUAUACUAGCUACUUAAUAAGAUUCAUGAAGUUUGUGUCCAUUUUUGCUGACGUCACCCUUUUUUAGGAAGGUUUUUAGAGAUAAGGGGUUGAAAAUACAAAUGUAGUACAAAUAGUCGGUUUUGUAUCACCAUUUCUUUAAAGUUGUCUUACAAACCCUAUGUUGGCCGUCCUAAAAUCCUGUGGUCUGGUUGUUUCUUUUGUAAAAUCUCUCUUGCAGAUUGAUAAAACUGCAGCUUGAUGGUAUUAUUAUGAAGGGGAUGUGGGUGAAAAUGGACGCAUGAUUAGGUGACAGAUUUGAGGAGAGUAGUAAUAAAUCGAUUACAAUUUAGAUAUCUGUCAAUAGAGUUUACUAUUUUAUUACAAAAAUCUUAUAUGUAUAUUAUUUCUCUAUAAUCGUGUUUAAAAUAAAUAAUUUCACGU